GUCUGAAAAGGUUCUACAAAUUUUAUAACUGGUGCUGACAAUGUUGCAGUCUAAGCUUAGAUUAUCAAAUAUUUUUAGGAGCAGCAGCCUUUUGCUUGAGAGAUGGUAUCACUGUGCUUCAUUUCAAUCUACCAAUGCAUCAUCUCUGCCAAUUUUAGAAAAAGUAUACAGUUUUCAAAAUCAGUUUCAUCUUGACCUUAAUACACCUAUGGUUCAGUCUGUGAGGUGGAGACGUCCACUUGGCAUAAAGAGAGCAAAAAUUCCUCAUAAAGCAAGAGCUCUGGCUAUUGAGUUAACGUAUGAAAAAUACAAUUAUCCACUAGCUGGUUUACCUGCAUCGGAAACUUGUAUCAAUGCUGUUAAGGCCAAAUAUGUUAAAAAGGAGGAGGAUAAUCCUUUUGAAAAAAUUUUGGCUCGUGAGUUUUUGGAGGAGGUGAAAGCUGGUCAGAUGUUUGUUGUGGGUCACAUGCAUCCGUGCACUGCUGAGGAACUUUUCGAGCAGCGAGUCUUGCUGCACAGGAAUAACAUGAAGUAUCUCUUCCACAAUGAAAAUAUUGCUAAAUUGGCCUUCACAGGAACAAAGUAUGAGAGCUUGCUGCACCUGUAUGUGAUGUUCAGCAUCAACAUUGUCUGCUAUGAUAAAGACUUCAGCAAGUUGUUGAAGCUGGAGCGCCAACUGCCCUUUUUAACGAUACUGGGAGUGGUGGUAGAGGAUCGGAUCCUCUCUGUGGCAGACCUGAAACGAGCCGCCGAGCUCCCGUCCCUGCCGCUUAUGCAUGCAACCCUGCUUCAGACCCUGACUUCUCAGCAGCAGACUCUGACCCGUCAGCUCAACGCCCAGCAGACGGAGCUUGCAGGCGCACUGCAGAGAUAUUCAGAGAUGUCUCAUGCCGAAACAGCCUCAUCAACUCCCCCGUCUGAGAGCUAAAAAGAUUCAAAGCGCCUUGUACAUUUUGUAAAUAAUUGAAAAAUUAGUUACAAAUAUUCCAUUAGAUUUUCCAAAAUUUGACGUUCCUGUUUCUCUCAGCUUGUUGACCGAUAAAUUAUUUUCUUAGCUUGUUAACAAUCGUCUUGGAAUUCAGCCGGUGAAAUAAGUUUUUUCUACAUAGCAGAAGUUAUUAUCUCUUCAGCAUGUCUUAGGUGUGGGAGGUCAAGGAUACGAGCCCAAAAAAAUGAUUUUGUAAUUCAUUCAUUUCAAUAGAUUUACAAAUAAAUACCUCUGGACUGAACGAUAUCUGAUCUCUUAUUUACA